AUUGAACCUGUUGCUGCAUUAGCCGAGUUGUAUUUUGCUAGAUAGGGGAAGGAGGGUUGUCUGCUGUCUGGUAGGAGGGCUUUGUCUGUGUGUGCCUUUCUCUCUCUCUCCCUCUUUCUCUCUCUCUCUCUCUGUCUCUCGCACUCUCGCUUGCUCGCUCUCGCUCUCUCUCUCGCUCUCUCUCUCCCUUUCCCGUCUCUGUGGUUUGUAAGGUAGGUUGCAGUGUGUGUAUAUACACAACAUCAAGAGCAGGAAAAUGGACUCAUUAGGGAGGCAGGCAGUCAUUACCACUCACACUGUACUUCCAGGGAGACAGCGACUAUGAGGAGACAAACUGAGGACUGGGGAACAAGCAGCAUAAAAAAGAAGUGUUAGGAGCUGCUCUUAACCCUUUCGGAGUCCGAAGUCAAAAGAUUUCCCACAGUAGAAAAGCAGGGAUAGGACUAGACGGCUGAAAACAUUGCUAGACCUCUUUAAGAGCACCAGCACAUCAAGGUGUGUAUUAUACAGAGUCUUUUCAAGAAGAAAUCCCAGCCUAGUUCUUUCAGUUCUGCCAGCCAAGCCCUUCCUUGAGCGAGCGAUCAACUGUGGUGUUGGUGACGUUGGUUCUGGGCACUUCCUGCAACUCCAGGGAACCAGAGGGCUUGACACAUCCUUUACAUCCUGCAUUUACUCUGACCACAGUCCCUCCCUGUUCUCACAAGUGGAGCUCAGCCCUGCUUCCCUUCCUGUUGAUUCCCAGUCAGCUACAUGACUGCCUGAAGUUACAUUGUAGAUGCUGAAAUCACUGCACCUUAAAAACAAAAAGAUUAAGCUGCACUGUAUUCCUCAGUGGUUGGCAGUUUUCCUCAACUUUGCAAGACAGAGAGAAUUGGUUGGAAUGAAACCUUGCUCUCCGUACAGUCCGCUUGAGAUGCAGCAUUGAAAGAUCACUGACGAUCAGUUUGUGGCCUUCCCCUGAAGGAACCUUUCCUGUCUCUUGUAUGAGGAAACUGAGGCACAGAGCUUUUGGGUGACUUUUCUAAGUUCACACAGCAAGUAAAGUGGCAGAGCCAGGAAGAUAACCUGGGAAUCCUGGAUCCCAGUCCCGUGCUCUAACUACUAGGAAACACUCCCCCUCUGAAUACACAGCCUCUCUCUGUUCCCUGCCCCGAUGAACGUCUGCACUAAGUCCAAGGCUUGGAGUAAUUUACCUGAAGAGUGAUACCAAUUGGAAACCACUGAAGAAACUCAAGACAGCUGAAAACCAGAAGGCGUCUGAGGAGAAUGAGAUUACUCAGACGGGUGCAUGCAGCGCCAAGCCGGGCCUUCCCUGCCUGAACCUUGAAGCUGUUGCGUCUCUGAGCCCGGCCCUCGUCCACUCACCACAUUCACCAACAAACCUGCACGCACACACAGGGUCAUCUGAUUGUAACAUCAGUUGCAAGGGGAUGACAGAGCGCAUUCAUAGCAUCAACCUUCACAACUUCAGCAAUUCUGUGCUCGAGACCCUCAACGAGCAGCGCAACCGUGGCCACUUCUGUGACGUGACGGUCCGCAUCCACGGGAGCAUGCUACGCGCCCACCGUUGUGUGCUGGCGGCUGGCAGCCCCUUCUUCCAGGACAAGCUGCUGCUGGGCUACAGUGACAUCGAGAUCCCCUCAGUGGUGUCAGUCCAAUCCGUGCAAAAGCUCAUUGACUUCAUGUACAGCGGGGUGCUGCGGGUCUCGCAGUCAGAGGCCCUCCAAAUCCUCACAGCUGCCAGCAUCCUGCAGAUCAAGACUGUGAUUGAUGAGUGCACAAGGAUUGUCUCGCAAAAUGUGGGGGAGGUCUACCCGGUGAUUCAGGAUUCUGGCCAGGAGACACCCAGGGGAACACCUGAAUCAGGCACCUCGGGGCAGAGCACUGACACAGAAUCUGGCUACCUGCAGAGCCACUCGCAGCACAGUGUGGACAGGAUCUACUCAGCCCUCUAUGCCUGUUCCAUGCAAAAUGGCAGUGGGGAGCGCUCCUUCUACAGCGGGGCUGUGGUCAGCCACCAUGAAACAGCCCUGGGGCUCCCCAGGGACCAUCAUAUGGAAGACCCCAGCUGGAUUACCCGGAUCCAUGAGAGAUCACAGCAGAUGGAGCGGUACCUUACGACCACUCCAGAGACCACACACUGCCGUAAGCAACCACGCCCUGUCCGAAUUCAAACCCUGGUGGGCAACAUCCAUAUUAAGCAGGAGAUGGAGGAUGACUAUGACUACUAUGGCCAACAGAGGGUGCAGAUCCUUGAGCGCAAUGAGUCUGAGGAGUGCACUGAGGACACUGACCAAGCAGAAGGCACUGAGAGUGAGCCCAAAGGGGAGAGUUUUGACUCGGGAGUCAGUUCCUCCAUUGGCACUGAGCCCGAUUCCAUGGAGCAGCAGUUUAUGGCUGGCCUGGGCCGAGAUGGGCAGCAAGAACCUUCCCAAGCAGAUCAAACCGACAUCCCUGCUGACGGCACUCAGCCUCAGCAGCAGCAGCAGCAUGUAGAUGCCAACUCUUCCUCGCCAGAGAGAAGCAAUGACGUUGAAAUGGACAGCAAAGUGCUCGCAGUCAAUAACAGCACUGAAAAGGGGGCUUUGCAGCCUUCUGUCAAUACAACUGUUGCCCAACCAUUGCCAACCACACAGAUCUACUUACGCCAGACAGAAACCCUCACCAGCAAUCUGAGGAUGCCACUGACUCUGACCAGCAACACUCAGGUCAUUGGCACAGCUGGCAACACCUACCUGCCUGCCCUUUUCACCACACAGUCUGCUGGCAGUGGCCCUAAGCCUUUUCUCUUCAGCCUGCCCCAGCCCUUAGCUGGCCAACAGACACAGUUUGUCACAGUGUCCCAGCCUGGCCUGUCAACCUUUACUGCCCAGCUGCCAGCCCCACAGCCCCUGGCCCCAUCUGCAGGCCACAGCACAGCAGGUGGGCAGGGCGAAAAAAAGCCUUACGAGUGCACUCUCUGUAACAAGACUUUCACCGCCAAGCAGAACUACGUGAAGCACAUGUUUGUACACACAGGUGAGAAGCCCCACCAAUGCAGCAUCUGUUGGCGCUCCUUCUCUUUAAAGGAUUACCUAAUCAAACACAUGGUGACGCACACUGGCGUGAGGGCAUACCAGUGCAGUAUCUGCAACAAGCGUUUCACCCAGAAGAGCUCCCUUAACGUGCACAUGCGCCUCCACCGCGGGGAGAAAUCCUAUGAGUGCUAUAUCUGCAAGAAAAAGUUUUCCCACAAGACCCUGCUGGAGAGGCAUGUGGCUCUGCACAGCGCCACCAACGGCACACCUGGAGCCACGGGCACUGGCACGAGGGCCGUCCCUGCUGGGGUGGUGGCCUGCACGGAGGGGACCACGUAUGUCUGCUCUGUCUGUCCAGCUAAGUUUGACCAAAUCGAGCAUUUCAACGACCACAUGAGGAUGCAUGUGUCAGACGGAUAAGUAGAAUCUCUCUCUCUCUCUUUGUUAUGAACAAAAAAUAGAAACAACAAAAAAAGCUAUGGCACUAGAAUUUAAGAAAUGAUUUUUGUUUCAUUUUUACCUUUAUUUUCCUCCUUUUUUUUGGGUUCGUUUCGUUUUGUUGUUUUUGUACUACAUGAAGAACUGUUUUUUGCCUGCUGGUACAUUACAUUUCCGGAGGCUGGGUGAAUAAUAAUUUUCCCAACCUCCCUCGGAUGGUGGCCUUAAGGCCAGGUAGUGCUUCAUGAGCUCCACUGGUUGGAUCUCUAGCUACUGGCCUCUAAAUACAACCCUUCUUUACUACAAAAACAAACAAAAAACACAAAAAAAACACAAAAAAACAAAAAAAAACAGACAGAAAAAAUAAAAACAAAAAAACAAUUUCUUUUUUUCUCACUUGUGAAGAGCACUACAAAAAAAACAAAACAAAAUAUAUUACAAAAUCUACAAGGCCUACUGUCGUUAUAAGUACACCGCUCGCAGUGUUUCAAUGGACAUAAUUCACAAUUCUGACCGCUUUUGGACUUCACAGUAUCCAGUUAGAACUGUGGAAUAUUUUGCUUCUGGUUGAACAGCAACCAGAGGAAACAAGGCCCUGCUGGUUUCCACCACGUGUCUGCUUUCUCACACACACCUGCAUCCGCAAACACACACAAAAGGGCUGAGGGGAGUGCAAGGCAGUGUGGCUUGGACAGUGGGGAGUCCCUGCAGGAUGAGGAAGGAGAAUCAGAGGUUCCUCACCUGGAUUCUGCUCCAUCCCACGCUGUCUGGCUCACCCUCCCCACUGCUUUUCCCAUACCACCACCACCACCUUACAGCAGAAACCAAGAAGAGUCAGACAACGAGCAACGAUGGCUUUUUGUAAUUUAUUCAGUGUCUUCGCUGAGCCCAGGGCCUCAGCACAAUCAAGAGGGACUUUCACAGAAGGCAAAGAGAAACACAGAGGAAAAUCAAAGAUAACAGAGGUUGCAACCUAUGGAUCUAGGUACAAGAGAAGGGUUAGUUCCCACAAUCUUUGCAAAAAAAAAAAAAAAAGUUAAAUCAGGAUUUAUUCUUGCGGAAGAAGGAGGAAUAGAGGGUGGGUGGGGAGGGGAGUAAUAAUUUAAAAAAAGAGUUCUUGGGACUUUUUUAAUUCAAAAUUUUAUAGAGGGGCAAAAGUGACGUUUACCAGAUAGAAUGCUGAUUUUUUUAAUAUAUUUACAACAGUAUUUGUGUAAAAAAACAAAAAAAGUGAGAUUGUUAAAAGUAAUUUUUCUUUGUUUUCUUUUUUGUUUUGCAUACACUGCCACUAAUAUCUUCUCUUUUAUUAUAUAUAUGAAUAUAUAAAAAUAUAUAUUUUAUUUUAAAUUGAGACUGUUAAGGUUAGCUAACCUGCUUCCAGAUAGAGGGGGGGAGGGGAGAUGAUCUUGAUUUUUAUUUUAAAAAAGAGGAAGAAUGUUUCUUAAUUUUCUUUUCUAGUAUUAUUUUCUCUCUCUCUCGCUCUUUCUCUCUCUCUCUCCCCCUCUCUUUUUUUUUCUAAUGGAAUCAAGAAUUACCUGGGUCGAUGAGAGGCUCUGUGAAGUCAUCUGUGAGAUUAUCUGCUAGAGUUUGUGCAUCCUGCAGUAUCAUUUGAACUGCUACUUUGUUUUUGAGUUAUGUGGUUCUCUUUUGGCUCUUACUGAGGUUCCGUUAUUUCUUUUUUUGGCUCCAGCUCAGAUUUCUGUUCAAGGGAGGUUCCUUUUGAGAAAGAGAUUUUCUAGCGAUGUUAUAGUCUUUUUCUUUUCCUCCUUUUUUCUUAUUUGAAAAAAUAAUGAAAGUUUUGGAAAUGUGUAAUAACUAUGAUUUCCCUUCUUUUUCAUCACUGGAGAAGAAUUAAUCUGCUGUAUUGUUCUCUCAUCCCUGCCUUGCUCGCUAGAGAGCUUCCAUAUUUGUGUGGGAAUCCAAUCCUGCCCCUGUAAUUUGUGCUGAUGCCAAAAUAACUUAAUAUUUUACCAUUGCAAAUAAUCUUCCCUUCUUCAUUUGCAAAAAUGUCUAACUUAAGGGCCACAUCCCACAUUCUCUGCAUACCCACCUAUGCAAGGAAUGUAGGAUCAGUGUGAAAGAUUGAUUCCUGAUCUGCCUAUAUAUGUUGGUGUUUUGUAUUAUGUUUUAUUGUGUUUCGGCUGGUGUUCUCCCUAGUCUUCUGUGUAUCUCUGUGAGAAUUUUUCCCCCCAAAGCCAACUCCCAAAGUACAUGGGUCCUUAGUUCAGUUGGAUCGGUGUCUGACACUAUCUUUGUCUUGCUUGAAAUCUUAGGAUUUGCACCAGCUGCACUCUGGACUUUAUAUUUUAGGCAGAGAAGAAGCACCUAAUAAAAAUAUGCAAAAAGAAAAAAAAGAAAAGUUGCUAGUUUAGCUUUUACAUGUGUCUAUAUUUAAAUUAAGCUUUCUUAAGUUUACAAAAUGUUGCUUGUAAACACUGAAUAUUUCACAUGAGGCAUUCUUUUAUGCUGGACAACUUUCUAAACAAUGAAUCAAUAGAUUUCCACAUAAAAUCUUGAGUGUUCUUUACACCUGCAGCUUUUGUAUCAGAUGUCUGUGAUUCAGCACAGGUAACCUUGUUGCUGUGUUCUAGACCUGUUCCAUUACUGAUUUAUUAUGGGAAAAAAACUGACAGAUGAUUCAGUCUCUGAAUUUUUUUGUAACCUGCGAGGUAUUGUUCAGCGGAUCCUAAAUGUUGAAGGCCUGAUUCUCAAUUGCACUAGACAGUGUAAAGAGACCUUGAGGCAAGGGCAAAUGAGCCUCUCACUUGGUAGCACUUUUUUUUGUCACCAAUUUCUUUUGGGUAGUUUAAUGAUUUAAAAAAAUAUCUCCAUUAGUUUGGCUGGGCUAGAGAAGGAGCACAAGUUAGUUAACAAAUAUUAUUCUCAUAGCUGCACUGAUAAAAUCAAUGCAAGAAAUGAAAGGCAAAACCUAAGACAUAGAAAGGGCAAAUUAAUGUCUGCUCUGUAAAGACAUUCUGUACAGAAAUCUGUACAAAAAAUUAAUGUUCUAGAGACAAGGUGGGGGGAGGGGAGAAUGGGAGGUGAAGAUAUACAAAAGGAUUUGAAGGUGUUUCCUUGAGGAAAGUUGGUUGUUUUCUUUUUUCCCGAGAUCUUUGGUAUGAAAAAGUUUUGUGUUCUCCCAUGUAGUUCCAUGAAAAAUUUUAGCCAGCUUCAAAACUAUAGCCGCUCAUUUGCCAUGUGAGGUCUGGGGAAAAGCUGUUUAAUUAGCUGUUGAUAAGUCUUGUGAGCUAAAGUCAAGAUGUAACAUAUUCUGAAAUAUGGCUCUCAUUUCAGAAGAGAUAUGCCAGUACACAUGAAAUAAGAAUUGGGGUUUACAUCCACCAAAAUCCAAAUAUUACAGUGUUCAGAAAGAAAAAUCCUGUGCAAAUUUGAUUCUUCCAUUUUUCAACCUUCCCUAAAUCAAAGAAGCAUCAUCUUUGAAAUGCAGAUUUGUAACACAGCAUCUUCAGUAUUUAAGUGAAUUAAAGAUCAGUUGUGACUGAAUGAAAGGUGCCAAUUAAAAAGUAAACAAACUUCUUAAAGUAAAGCUAAGGCAUCUGAGACUGAAUUUUAAAUCACUUGUCAAAGAGUUUAGGCCAAGGUUUUCACAAAUGGCUGCCUGAGAUAUUAACUGAUUUUAUUGAACUUCCAGGCUUAAAAAUAAGUGACUUGAUUUUGUAAAGAGAAGGAGGAUCUGGCAGCUUGACUACAAAUGCAGCUGAAAUUGCUCAUCAGGUCACUUAUUUUUUAAGUGCCCCUUUAUGGACUUAGGAGGUCAGACCUCAACCCCUUUACCUUUUAAAAUGUUCAGUUCUUGUUAAUAAUGCUUCCUGCUGUCUGUAGAAACAACUACAAUAUCCCAACAUUACUGGUAUUUCUAAGCUUCAUGUAUUGCUACUAUGUUCCUUAGCAGAAAGAAUACCUGUAAUAUGCUAGUAAUCACAAUGAUCUACAAACUGCUAGUGACACUGAGUGCAUCUGUCUCAGCAUGCUUGAAAGGCUUGCUUCAAAAUACCUGAUAAAAUGAUGUGGAUGAAAAAGAGCAGACUGUAUCACAUCCCUCUGAUGGAGCAUGAAAUAUCCUGCAUUCCUUGAGCCUGAUUCUCAAUGUCCCUAAAGCUCCCUUUGUAUUGCUUUGGCAAUGGAAAAGGGCAUUAAUAGGGCACAAAUACAAGCAUAUGAAUCAAGGCCUCUCUACAAGGCAAAAGUGCAAUAAAAGAAGCCUUAGGGUAAAUGAGAGAAAGUGCCUUCUCUUACUGCUGCUGAGGCUGGUGAAGUCAAUCCAAAAUGUAAGAACGGCCAGACCAAAUGUGCCCUAUGGUCCAUCUGGCCCAGUAUUCUGUCUCUGGCUGUGGCUGGUUACACAUGAUUUGGAGGAAAAUGAAAAGACCGUGUUGGAUAAUUGUGAAGUAAUACACCUAAGGGAGAAAAAUUAUCAGCCUCAUUAGUUAUAUAUCUGCUUUUAGCCUAAAGACAUGAUAAUUUAUGGCCUUAACUUUUUAUGCCAUAUAGAAGUAUAUUGUGGCAGAUGAUCUCACUAUCCUGUAGAGAUCUAGCCUAUUAAUUGCUAGGCGGCCCUAGUGGUAUCCUGUGGAAGUGAGCUCCGCAGGUUAAUUACUGCCUUGUAGAAAAAAAGUGUUUCCUUUUCAGGUUCAGUUUGUUGCUGUUCAUUGAAACUGCCCCUGUUUAUGUAUUAUAUGAAAGUAUAAAUCGAAGGACCAAAAUCUGUCUUCUCUUGCCCAUUCCGCUGAAGUCUGCCUCUCUCUGGGAAAUCCGAAUCCGCAAGGAAUGCAGGACCACAACAUCAGUCUCUGCUGAUCAGUAAGCAGAGGAUAGCUUUUGUGUGUGCGUGUCUGGGGUGUGUGAAUUAGUGAGGUUCGACUACAAUAAUCUCUUGCAUAGGCGUAGCAGGUGCAAGUCAUAAAUAAUGAGAACAAAGCAAGAGAAUACAUCACUUUUUAGAAAUUUUAGUAUGAUCAUUUCAAGCUGGUACCUUCUCUCACAAAACUCCUAACACUAUUAAUAGUCUCUUAUAAGGGGAAUAGAUGCAGACAUUUUGCAGGAGCAGCUCUGGGGACGAUUUUUCAGCUUCCCCUAGGCUUGCUUCUGGCCCAUGCUAUUAGCUAUUUUCAAAACCAGCCCAAAUUCACAGUAAGCUAAAAGGGAAAUGUAGCAUUUAAUGAUAACAUUGACUCCCUAAGAGAAUGAGAUUUCCCUUUGCCCUAAGAUCAAAGAGGGCAAGUGACAUCCAUUUUUCUUAGUUAAUUUGAUUUUUCAUCCAAAGGAGAGAUGACUAAUAACCAGUACACCAUCAGCCCCUUACUUCUUACCUAACCCGAAACUGAUUGAUUUCAGUCGACCUUGAGGUACUUGAUUAAUCCUGGAUCAUUUACCUGGUGGAGAUAGAAAUCUCCUGCCUUUAGCAAGUAUGACGCUAGCAUGCCCUGCCUCUCUUAGCAGUGAAACCAAAAUCCCGUAGGGAGAAGGCACAAAAGAUACUCUUUGCAGGAUAGUUGAAUCCAGCCCAAGAUCAGAAGCACCCAAGUCAUUUCAAACAUAACCAGAUCCCCUGUAUGCCUGGUACUACAGAUCUGUGACCCAUCUGACAGUCUUAUGCUAAGGUAUUCUCCAAUUCUCACUGCUGAAGAUGACUGCUGCUCAAAAAGACAUACAGUAUUAAUUUAAUAUCUGGUGGCUGUUCUGUCAAGGGAAACUAGACCUUGAUAAUCCAUGCCUUUCGCUCUGGCAUCCAGCUCCUGUGAGCUAUUGAAAUAAAUCAGAUAGAAAUGAAUCAGCAGGUACCUAACUGAAGCAGCAUGUGAUCAGCUGAAGUGUAAUAGCUGCUUUUCAUAUUCCCCAAUUUGUUUUUACACUUGCUAUGAAAAUUCCUAAAAGAGAUAAAAUGUGAUGAGAACUAAGACAUGGCCCUCAGAGGUUCUGAGCCUCUUCAGCUCCCAAGAGACUUGUCACUAAGUAGGAUUUGGCCCCUAAAUGAUCACAACUCUCCUGAAGGAAGGCAUAUGAGAGAAACUGUUGACAGUAUGCUAAGUCUGGAGUCUUGAGUUUGUAAAUAUAGUGAAAACCCUUCCCAACCCUUGAGUGUCUCCUUGACAAAAACCAAAAUCAAGAGGAAAAUCCUUGCAGAGGGGCAGAUACUGGAAAUGACAUGUUUCUGCAGCAUGCUCCAACAGCCAAGUGUAUGAAAGUGGCCUAAUGCUAGAUUCCUGUCUGUUAGGGGUAUGUUCUGCCCAUGCUAAGUCAGUGUUACUGCUGCUUUCUGUUAACUUUGUUAUUUGUCCUGCUAGAAGUAAUACUUGAGGUCUGAGUCAGCUUCCUCCAAAGUCACUGAGUGAUCCAGUUGACUUCAGCAGGAGCAAAGGAGUCCCCAGAUUUAGACAGAUGACUGAAGUGGGAAAGAGAGUUUUAGGUGGAAUAGUUGUAUGUGUAUAUUGUUUAUAUAUAUAUAUAUAUAUAUAUAUAUAUAUAAAAAUAGAGUAUGUGCAUAUUGUUCAAAUUAAUUCAAACAAAACCAAGGGGCAGCUUAUGUUUUCUUCACUGUAGAACAGACAGAUGUGGUCCACAGAUAUGACACUGAGAGAGGGAGGACCUGUCUAAAGUAAGAAUGCUUCACUCUAUUAGACCUAUUUUUGCAAAAAUCAAGGAGGAGUAUUUGUUUUGUUUUUCUAAGAAAGAAUGUAAAUGAGAGAAAGCAUGUGUUAGGUAAUAGUGUAUAUCCAUCUAAUUAUUCCCAGUGUUGAUACCUAAUCAACUAGGUAUGUGCCUCUUGGAACAGAAAAAGUAUUAUGCAUUCAAUAUUUCUAUUUUUGAUGUCCCUGCAGUAUAGAGCAGGAAUAACUCUUAUGAAGGCAGUGGAGUUACACAAGUCCAUGAUUUGUGGGAGAAGGAAAGAAGGAUUGGUUCAUUGUGUAUGUCUGUCUGUAUCUGGACAUGCAACCACUCUAAAUUAAUGUUUAUAAUCACUAGGAUAGUGUUAGGUAAUUUUCAUCCAAAAUUUAUGUUUCUACUGAAAAAAAUAAAAAGUUAAAUAUUAAUAGAUUUUUUUCAUGAUAAAUUUAGCAGUGGUACUGACUUCUUGUCUCAUUUAAGCCUCUACAUCAGUGCUUGAUCCCAGGUGCUAGAAGAGAGUCCAAGCGUAGGAGAAGCAGAGUUGAUUGAUCUACUAUGAAUAAGGUAAAAAAAAAGUAAAUCAGACCAGGAAUGUGCUUUAAGUCACUACUUAAGUUGCAAUUGGUAUCUCAAGUAAAGAUGUUUGUGGGUUUAUUACAAAAUAAAAUGAGUCAGACUCAACCUAACCAUAACUCUGAUGAAGCCACAUCAGCAGAAGAAUUAGUCAUGGUUUUUAACAUGCUAAUUCCCCCCAGAAUUAUUGAGUGAAAGCAUUUAAAAUAAUAACAAAUUUAAGAGAGGCAGAACUCUGCUAGUAUGCUUCUUCUGAUAGCAUCACAUGAUUACAGUUUCUACUGCCAGAACUAAACCUACUUUACAAUCUCACUUCCCUCCCCAGCACUCAGUGAACAGAGAUUUAGUGCACAACCACCUAUGCCCAAGGAAGGCUCUUAAUGUUUCCCUUUAUCUUGAACAGGGUUCUGCAAUAUAUACAGCAAGUAAAGAGGAAUAGGGAGAAAGAAAGGAGUGCAACAUUUUGGGGUAACAUGGAGGUAAGCAGACCAGGAAGGUAUUCCAAGCACUCUGUCAACUUGGGUUUUAACACCCCCCCCACACACACACACACACACAAUUUACACUUUUGUCCUGAGCAACUAAUGUGAAUUCUGUCCCUACAAGUAUUUUUCAAAAACCAGAACACCGUAAGAUAUUUCUUUAGGAAACAAAUACACUGCAGCCUCAUACACAAUUGCUGCCUUAAAAAAGAAGUGCAUCUGAGCAGUUUGGAAUGUAGUUAUGUUUUUUCUGUAGCAAGGUUUCAUCUUAAACAUUCCCUUCGUAUGAAAUGCAUUAUAUCAUGUUUUCCUUUUUUAGGAGGUAGGGAAUAAGUCAAGAAGUAUUAGUGAUGCAUCGUGGACUUUUUAUAUUGCAUGGCGCUUCUCAGCUGUUUCUUGCCUUCAGUUAUGGCAUCAGGUUUGGUCCUCUUCCAAAAUGGUCACCUCCUUUUCAGGGGGUUGGCAUCAGCUCCCUGUAAAACAUGGGAGGAUAAAUCAUGUUCCUAGGCCAAGCUUUCACUUGAAUUUAAUAAUGUGAAGAUAAGGCUUUGUGAUUUGACUACUGACUCCAGGCCCAUCCCUGCCAGUGAAUUCAUAACAGAGAAAUCCAGUGAAAAGCUGCUUCCCUGUGACAAAUUCAGUUUUUAAUUUCUAUCAGUUUUUAAUUUCUGUCAGUGCAACCUGUAUUGCCCUUUUCGGAUUUCAUGCAUGUCACUGGAGAAAUAUGUAAGCCGUUCUAUUGUUUCAGUUGUGAUUUUUUUUUAAGAAAAAACAUUCUAACAAUAUCCUUUUGCUGCAGUAAUAUCAUUAUACAAAUAAAUGAAGCAUGGCUAUCCCAUCAUGUGUGAGAACUUCUAUCCAGUUAAGCCCGUCAGGUCCAUUUUUGUUUCCACUCCUCAUGCAAUCUUUAUUAGCCCUUAAGCCCUCUUUGUGGUGCAAAGUUUCACACCCAGUCAUGCAGCCACAGCCCAAGUGUCUCUAGUAAAUGUUCUAAAUCAAGUUUCGCUUAAGUAUUACUUUAUUACCUUUCAGAAGGUCCCAGUGGGGCUUAUCCUGCUGGAGGCAUUGGUACCAGUGUAGCAAAGCAUUUCCUGCUUUAGCUGUGUUCCAAAUAGAACUGUACUCUUCUGCAGUGUGCACACUUCAUACAGUUGACUUACUGAUUUUUGCCAAGUUCAGCAGUCAUAUCACACCUGAGGAACAUGCAGAGUGUGAUUAGAUACUUACUGGUUGUGGUCAUCUGUCCUUUUCUGCAGUUUCCUGUUCCUACAAAACAGACAGGUAUCUUUCUGAGAUCCAUAUAUUUGAUUAGGCACCUUGUCUACUUCAUUUUGUUCCUUUUGAUUUUGACAUCUGGAUAUUGCCAUGUUCUUUGUUGAUGCUUAUAGAGUCUCCUAACAGCCCCCACAUGUUGAAUAUAUGCUGUUCAACUGAAAACAAACAUGACGUUCAGUAGGUGUGAUUAAAUUCACACAACUGUUUAGUACCCUGUAAGGCAUCACAGCUUUUGUAUUCUCAUUCUUCCCAUGAAGUCCUUUAGGCAGUUUUCAUUUAUCCCAUAUUCUGUGGGUAUCUGUGAGGUCCUUGAAUAAAGCUGAAUUAUAUGCCUGUGUGUGUGUGUGUGUGUGUGUGUGUGUGUGUAUGCAUGCAAAUGUGUGUGGGAGUGUGCGUGCGUGUGUGUGUAUGUAUGGGGUAGCUAGCUGUCUCUUUCUCGCCUUACUAAUUGGGUUGCUAAUUGGGUGUGAGGACACACAUGGAUCAGGAAAAAGUUUAAACGGAACAUGGUUGCAACAUUAACUGUGAAGCUCUUAGCAUGAGUCUGUAGUUCAUUACUUGUACAGUAUGUAUGCACACAUAUAUUCAUAAAACACAUUCUGUAGGUGAAGUUCUCUUAACUGGAUGUUUGCCCAAAUAAGACAUCGUUUAAAGCAUGAGUAAUGACUCCAAGAUUCAGUCCAGUUUAUUUUUGUGAGUACGUGUACCCACUCUGCAGGGAAGGUCAAAGUGUGCCUCUCAGAGCCUCAUGUGGCCUUUCAGCCACAAAAUAAAUAAAAUAGUCCAGCUCAGCGAGCUUCACUAACAGAAACAGAUAUCUAUGAGGGCUGACAGCUCUAGAACUACACUGUUGAGUUCAGUCACUCAUUUCCAUUGAAUUGCAUCAUGUUCAUGUGACAGAGGACUAAAAAGCAAGCCAUAUAAUCUGAACUUGCCUCUCGGCUCCAUUAAAAUAACAGUAAAAAAAAAUCAAGUCAUUAAGCAGCAACACAGUGUAUUGAUAGGACAAGCACUUAAAAUAAUCAAGGUAUAGAGUCUCAAGUCUUAUUUCCAAAGCCUUGUGUAAAACAGCUCUUUCCCCACCUCAUGGACUCUACAGCACAUUGGCUAUUGAAUAGCUUUGCAAGUGAUCCAAACAAUCUGGUCAGAAUGUGCAGUGACUAACAAUUAAGUUUCUCUCUUGAAAUCCGUGUGGCCUUUGCCAAAAUCUUUUCAGGAAUAUAUGUGUUUAGUGUGUCUAGAAGACUGGUAGAUAGUCAGAAGAAGAAGGAAUUGGUCAGUGAGAGUACUGAGCAUCUAAUCUGUGCAAACUGCAGGGUUUCUAGAACUCAUUUUGUUCUCAUUUAGUUAGUGGGCUGAAUAAAUACGUUUAGCUACAGCUGCCGAUUUUGGGAGCAUGUGGCCCUAAAAUAAUGUUAGUCUUUUCACUCCAGAAUUCUUUGUCACAUUGGGGGAUUGUCCUUUUCACAGAAAGAGUUAUUGGGGAUUUUUUGGUUUUGUUUCUUUCAUUUUCACUCAUGCAAAGUUGAGUAAAUCUUAUUCCUCUUUGUGUAUUGGUGGCAUUUCCCUUCCCCUUUUGAGUAAGAUGAUAAAUGCAACAGUUUUGGCUGGUUGGUUUUGGGUGAGUUUUUUUGGUUUGGGGAUGUUUUUGGUUAAAUGUACAUUGUCUCUCUAUAGUCAAAAUGUCUGUGACUGUAACAGUAUGUAUUUCUUUUACUGGAAAAAAUAGACUUUUUUGGUUUUUGUUAACAGUACUAGUGACUUUGUGGAAAAUGACAAGUUGCUAUUUAGAUCUGCUUAGUUAAGUACAGUACACUACAAUACAGUAUUUCUGAAAGCUAGAACAUACAGUACACAAUAUAUAUAGCAAUUCUAUAUCAAUAUAUAUACAUAGUAUAAUCAUUUAACUUUUGCAUCUGCCUAUGAUCAUAGAAAAAUUAUUUUUCACAGGUAUCAUUCACAAUCCAAUCAACUGCUGCAGCUAUUUGAAGCAUUUAGCAAUCAUUAUUACAGCUCUAGUGUGCUUUUCAUAUUAUUGGCUUCUUUACUUGUCUUUAAAAGAUUUUUUCAGGCUUUUUUAAUCUCUAUGUAGCAAGACGUAGGAAAAUAACUUUUUUUUAAGAAAAGGUAAAACAGUAUUAGGCUCUACAAAAAGUUAGAGAUUAUUCCCUGCCAUCCCUUUCAUAUCAGAAGAACAAUUAAUCGAAACAAUUAAGAUUAUCUAUUAGCUCUCUUUGGCGAUGUCCCAUUGUUUCAUUUGUGAAAGUAUAUGUCAGACUUCUAUUACUGGCCUUGGAGAAAGAUGCCGUAAGUGAUCUUUCACUCUUUCCAUAUUCUGUUUCUUAAGAGUUUUAAGAUUUCCUAAAAUCUCCACCACAGUAAUGUGGGGGUAGAAGAACAGUAUUGUCCGUGCAGUUAUUCUGAAUGUGGCCAGUGGAUUUUGACAGGAAUAGGAUACAAAUUACCUGCACCCCUUCCUGUUAAUAUAUUCCAGCUGCAUCUUUACUUGUCCACUUGAUCUUCCCCAUUUUCAAAUGACAACAACCUCUAGCAGGUUUGAGUUUCAAUUCAAAAAGUUUCCAACUUUUGUUGGAAAGUGUUGCCUCUUUUUUGUCUUUGCACAAUGUUCCUGUUGAUUUUGAAGUUUGCGUCAGUCCCAGUGGAUUUUCAUUGUCACCACAGAGCUGCUGAAAAAAAUGUGACAAGGAUUAUGUCAGCAUCCAGAUCCAAAUAGUCCAGAGAAAGCUGAUGGACACCCAAGCUUCAUGGCUCAGGGUAUCCUUUCUGUGUUCUCAGCUUGCAACAGAUGGCCCAAGCAGGAAGUCUGGAUCCAAACUUCUUAAGAGUCCAAACUUAAAAGAGCUUGGGAAUUUACAUUUGCUUUUUUAGUUCAGGUGCAUCUCAGCUGACUUUUAUUUCUUUGGAUGAUAAUGUGCCACUCCUAAAUGAAAAUGUGCAAAAUCAAGUGGAUGGAGGCUGCAGAAGAGGUAUUCAUUGUACCUCAUUUCUCUUAACUGUAAAAGUUAGGAGAAAUGAGAGAUGGUCACAUCCAUUACAAUCUGUGCUCUCAUUGAUAACGAGAAAAUCUGCAUCACUGCAGAUCAGUAAACUUAAAACUGGUUUUGGAGUCGGAAGAGAGGGAAAGAGCCACAUCCAUAUAAUAAUAGGAAGGGAACUUCAGGUGCAGGAAUCAGCAAGUACUGGCUUUCCUUACAUAGUCCUGUCAUCUGCCAUUUGCACUUACAUGGAGGCCACUACCACAUCUUGUUUCUUUCUACUUGCAGUUUAAAAGUCCUGGUCUUCCAGCAGUGAUUUCUAAGUCUGGCUUUUCUUUAUUCUGUGUAUAUCCAUUUGUGAGGGAAGAAAGAGACUAUCCUCUCAAUAUUAAUUACACAGGUUACAAAACUAAAUUAUGAAAAGGAGGAUUUUUAUUCCAUUAAUCCAAACAGGUGCCAUUUCCCAAAUUAAUUCCAGUUAGCUGCUGCAACAGAAUGCUGAUUUGGUGGUCCACAAUUUUGUUAUCAUGGACUUUGCCUUUUCCUUUGCCUGAUUUCUAAAUCAUACACAUUUUCUUAGAGAGUGAUCUCCCUUCACUGAGAAUGCCUGAUCAUUUAAAUGGCUGCAUACCCAUUCCAUGCUUUCCCUGCUAAUCCUUCGUAAGGUUCGGUAAUUCAUUUAGGAUAAUUACUAGUUAAUAUGUUUCUUGAUUUAACUUCUUUGUUGCCUUUUAUUUUUCCCAAUGCUUUUUUAAGCACCUCAGUUCAUUUUGCAUCUUAUACAGUUUACAGUUUAUAUUUUUAGGCUAAGAAGUGGUUUUACAGACAGGAUGGUACCAAACAGGUAGAUUAUCCACACUAGAGGUUGUACUUUUAGAAUGCAGUGUGUACAGAUACAAUUGCCUAAGGGAAAGUGAAACUAACAAAAUAAUCGGCUGGUGAACACUAUUUUAUACAUAUCUUUAACAUAAAGGACAGUCAGUCAUUUGUGAAUCCAGAAAUCUUGCUUUUUUGAAUGUAUCCUUUCUUUUUCAUUCUCUGAAGAAAUAUUAACCUUGAGAAUUGUGAUAGUCUAAGAAACUCAUUUGAUAUGUGCAUAUUUUUUGCUUUUCUAAGGAGAGAGAAAACAGAAGGUGAUAUUGGCUCUACAGAUUUAUAGAUUCUUGCAUUGGAGACUUUUCUUGACUGAUACAAACAUUAAGGGAAGUCUGUAUCCAAAUAUUAGCUUUAUUCUAGUAUAUGGUUUUCAUUAUUACUUUUGGUUUCCAUCUCUUUAUUGACCAAGUAGACCUUCAGGGCUAAUGCAAGCCAUGGUCUCAUGUUUCUGUGGUCAAUAGCAUUUAUAUUUAGCUCCCUUUUGCACUUCUUUUCUGUGUUAUACAGUUUUUGAGGAACACAACAGUUUAAGUAGGUAACACUGCCAUGGCAAGAGGGAGAACCUUGUACAAGCAGAACAUUGCUCUGUGCAACUGUGCAGGGACAGAAAGGGAUUUUAAAGCUCUUCGCUGCAAGGUUGAAUAAUAACAGAAGGAGAGUUCCCCCCUUGGUGGUGCUUGCACCAAAGACUGGGGGGCCUCCCAGGAGAGAGGAGUGCUUGAACUUUGUACAAGGGACUUGCUCUUCACCCAUGCUGCCUAGAGGAAAAGAUUGAAGCUCCAGCACAUGCUGCUGCUCUUUUUUUUUUUUUUUUUCCAAUAUGAAUGUCUUUUAAAAUGUGUAGUUCUUGUUUAUUGGUGGAAGAGGUGUCACUUUUUCAGUCACUAUAAUCAGAGGUAAACUUGUUCAGAAGUAUCCUCAACAAGUUUCAUUGCCUUUCGGUGUGCCCCAUGUCCUUUGUCCUAAUGCCAGGAUGUAGAUCGGCCUGGUGAAAAACUCAUAGGGAUCCUUCAGAUCCUUCACUUAUUCCCACUAUAUUCGUAUGUGCUGAGCAUUCAGUACUCGGGAUCCUUACUCCAAAGUUCAGAUUCAGAGAAAUUCUUCCUUUGAAAUGAGGCGGUAAACUGGUGGUUUCCCAUGAAUUCCACCCAUAAUCCACUUUUGUCGCCAAACAUAAGAUAUAUGGGCUGCUCAGUUCAGGCAGGGUGUGCUGCAUAACCUCUCCCUUCAGCAUCAGUGAGGUCUAUAUUUAAUGCUGCAGAUUGGUUGGACCAGUUCUCUAUGGGCCAGUUUCUGCAAGUCUGACUCACAUGUGCUCUUUUGUUGGUUUCAGUGUGCAUCUUUUCUGGCAGAUAAAGCAAACAAUCCUACAGAAAGCUACAACAAAAAACAUUUUCAUAUACACCCUUUAAGGUGUCACAGGACUGUUCCCCAUAAUUUAGUAUGUUUCUGUCCUUCAUAAAAGAUUUGAUUUCACUCCACCAGGCACAUUUUGCUUGUACUAAGAGCUUGGUGAUUAAAUAUGCUUUCCUUCUUGCUAGGAGGCUUAAAAAUUUGGUUUGAUCCAUGGUAGCUUAUGUUUAUUUUCAAUAAAAUACUUAAAUAACUAAAUAGUAAGCCACAGCAGCUAGCGUAGAUACAUUUUACACAGCAGUCAUGUUUUCCAUAAUUUACACCCGUACUAUGUCACUUUUCUGUUGACAAAACAAUGUAAAGCAUUUGUGGCAUAAAAGAGAGCUAUGACCCAGUGACAUUGCAGCAGUAGUAUUUAGAGUUAAUUGGUUUUAGCUUUCUAACUACUUUAGCCAGAAGGCGCCUGGCCAUACCUUUUCUGUGAAGGUGAUUACAUAAAAUCGAGUAGGUGAAAGAAAGCUGUUUCUUUGUAAUAUCUGAUUUUAUAACCCCAAAUUCAGAAUAUCCAUCCAGUGAAAUGUGGAAUUGUAUAGCACUGCAGAAAGCUUUUCUGUAGUGUUUUUUUUUUUAAUAUAUGUGCUACUGCACUGUGUAUGCAGGAGAAUGGACGUGAACCCAUGCAGUCUGGUGUGAGCUUAGCCUUUCAGCAAACAUGUAGGACACCCUCAAAGUACAGCCAGCUGAAAAGCGAGAAAAUGUGUUGCUGAGGAUUGUAUUGGCUAAGUUGAUGUUUAUAGACUUUACAGAAGAGCUAACAAGUGUUAACAUUUUCGUGUUUCAUAUAUUCUCUAACAUGGGCAUACCACCGUAACUCUGCACCCAGAGAGAGUGGGGUUAGACACUGGGCCUGUGCAAUGAUUCCAGUGUGCUCUCUUAAUCUUUCAUGAAAGGAUCAUUGCUAACGAUAAACAGCAAAAAUUCUUACGGCCUGGUAUUUUUCUACUUUGGAGAUGAAUUUUCAGGAUCACUGCACCCCUAUGUAGCUUUCUUCUCGUAGACUCCUUUUCUUGUUCCUGUUCAUUUGAAACCCUGUUAAUCAUUUCUGCGCUGGAAAGAAACAGAGUGUAUCUGUGUGUCUGGAGGGGAGGGCAAGGCUUUCCUAUCUUUGCAAGAGAGAGAAAAGGAGGAACCUGUUUCUCAGUUAUUGAUUGCUUUUUUUUUUUUUGGUGGUGGUAUUUGCUUUUGUUUACAUGUUGGGGCAGGCUGCAGUCUUCAGUAAGGGACUGGGAAUGGGAGAAGAGGGAGAAGAGAUGAGGAAGCAUGUGCCUGAGCCUAGAACCCGCAUCAUGCAAUAUUCCUCCAUAUACCGAGUAAUUACAGUGAGAUUAGUGAAGCAGCAGCAAAAUUGUUUCCUCUUUCCAUACAUUUCCUGUUCUAGUUCCUCCUUCCCUUUUGUGGCCCCUUACACUGCUCUAGUGAUUCCCCACACUCCUUUCUAGUUGUUAUGAGGGUUAGAUGGAGGCUUUUGUGGCUGUCCAGACUGGAAUUAAUCUCCAAAUCAGUGAGUAUCCCAAAGUGUUGUGUUUUCCCAACUGAUAUGUUAAUGAGUGGCGAGCCCUGGCAGAUGUUUUGUUUUGUUAAAAGAGAUAGACUAGGGGAGGUAUAGGCCGACUGGGACUCAAUAACCUGCUUGCCUUUGUUAUUAGUGAGCUUUAUUUUGAUUUUCUUAAGUGUUUUCAUUUUUAGGUACUUAAGAGCGUACAUGCCUGUAAUUAAAAUUCCUGCUUUUCCCACCAUUGCCCUGAAAGGACCAUGAAAAAAAUCCUAUAUACACACUAGUUUAUACUUGCAGGGUGGAGGAAGGAGUUGUCCAUGCAUGUGCAUGUCUGCGUGAGAGGGGGAGAACUCAAAUUAGUGUUGAUUUGUCCAUUUGUUUGAGGGUGGCCACAAAGAGCUGCCACUUUGAAGAGUUGAUUGCACUACAGAACCUUAGCCUGGGCACUGUUAGAAUAAGGACUGUAUAUUGGGAACGGGAACACUUUGUAGGUUUUUUAUCCACACUUACACAUGCCCUUUGCUAGGUGUACCUUGCAGAGUUUGCAUCUGACAACUUUGUCUAAAACCACUACUGACUUUUUUUGCUGUAUCCAUUUAGUUCUCUCUUCUUUCUGUAGUCCCUCAGCAAUGACUUGCCUCCUUUCCAUUUUCAGUCAUUUGUCUUAUUAUUUUUUCAAUAAAUGUCCUAUCUACUAAUGAGAACUCUACUUCAAGUGGGAGGAGAGAAAAUGAGGCAUGUGAAAGUGUGGCUGGGAGACUGCAAAUCCGCCUUUGUUUUGGGGCAUUCAUAUACUUUUACUGAGAGCUGAUUUCUUGGGGGUUGGGUGGGGUGGGGAGGGAGUUUGUGCUUUUUUGGUCUGGAUAAGGCUUUUUAUUUUUGCACUAAGUAUGACUGCACUGCACUGCAUUGCACUACUGAAAUGUAUUUACAUGUGGUGGGUUUGGAAGGGGCCAACUAAGCAGGAAGGGAGAAGAGAAAGGGAUAGGCACAGAAAAGAGCAUAUGCCAUAAACCUGACCAGGUUGAGAGAGAACUGGGAUUAUCUCUGCUUUAAGCAGCUAGUCAGACACUGAGGUAGCUGUGUUGGAUAGCUUCUGUCUUUUAUUAAAAGAAAGUAAUGAAAAGCACUAUAACAGAAACUGAAGAGGCAUCACAGGUUUCAAAGUGCUGUAGAUCUUCCCCCCCCCCCCCCCCCCCCUUCUAAGAGAACAUUCUUUGGGGCUAUGAGAGAGUUAGGAAAGCUGCUCAGCAUGAAAACCAACAUAAGGCUUCAACAUGAAGAUACCAGUUCCUAGUUCAGAUGCCAAAACUUGCAGGACUGCUGUCAGAUAGGCCCUCUGGAGAGAGGCUUGACUGAUUAGUAUCCUUUCAGUAUAAGCAUGAUCUCUCAGCUCAAGAAGUGAAGCCACAAAGCAGGCUUACCAAAGGGGAAGGUCACUGAAAAAAAGCACUUCUUUCAGAGGCUGUUAUGGGAACAGUGCAAUAAAAUUUGUUCUGAACGCUCGAUUAAAGAUGUUCUGGUCAAACUUUUGGAGGUAAGGGGAGCAGGAGGAGCAGGACAAGAAAGAGUGGUUUGGAUUUCAGUCCCAUAAGGAAUACUCCUACUUGGGCAAAAGAGGCCCUCUGGCAUAUUAAGAUCUUCAGUCUGAUUUCUCUCCUCAGAUAGAUAGUGAAGCAUUAUGAAGGCUUUUGGCAGGAACCAAGUGGAAUCCUAAGCUGGAAAGUAUUUUUACAGUCAUGAUGCAUGUUGGCCUAUACCUUGGUCAUUAGUUUUGUAACAAACAGAAUAUGAGAAAAAAGAAAACAAUAGUAAUGUGCAACAAAUUCCAUCUCUACUGUAGCUCUUUGUGGUUUAUAAACUCUCAAAAGAUUGUCUUGAAUCUCUUCAAUAAGAUUAUAAUUAUAACCUCCACUGGAAGGUAGAAGAAGAUGAUCAAAAAUGCACUAUAUGGCAACUGGGAGAAGAAUGUAAAGCAUGAGCACAUCGGCUUUGGUCCUGCAGUGUAGGAACCUGCUGUCUAGUGUACACAGAGGUUUCAUGGACAAAAAAAAGAGGAAGGUAGGCACCCAGCUCUUGAGGAAAGUUUAAUGUAAUUGGAUGUUCGAAAGUCUAUUCAUGCCCUGAAUUUCUCCUUAUGCUUGAAGCUAAGACCUUUUGGCUUUAUCAGUACCAAGGAAUGGGUAGUACAGACCUUACACAGGGCCACAUACUGCAGAGCUGAUUGCUGCUGGUCAGUCUUCUUGAGCUGUCUCAUUUGAGAAAAGUAUAAAGAACUAGAGGAGGAGUAACAUACCAGAGGCAGGUCAUGGGUGAGAAGGGAAAAGAGCCUGGGAAGAAGUGAGUCUAUCUGGAACCAAAAAAGACUUUAGGUUUAAGGGUGUGUUUUUCUGGGAAACUCUGAGAUUCCUGCUCUUAGAUUUCAUCCAUCUUGGUUUGAAAGGACUGGAAGAGAAGAUCUAGAGAUAUCCUUGGAUGUAGUGUUAAAUGAUUUACUGAAUGUCUCUUCCCUUGGAAGUGGGCAAGAUAAUGGAACAUGCAGUCUCUUUCUGAGUCAUCUGCAGGAAUCCUACAAGAGAAAACCAUUGCAGGGUCAUCUUCCAGUAAUGAGUUAAUGGAUGCCCAACAAAGCACAGUUCAUUUGAGAGCCAGCAUAAUACAGUGGCAGCAGAGCACAUUUAAUUUGUGAAGUGGUAUUCUCUUCUAUAAGAGUGAAGACAACUACAGAGUCAUGAUAUAGAGGAAAUCAAGCCUGUCUACUGAAGGUAAUUCAGGUUAUGAGCUAAUACUCCCCUCUCUCGUUUAGGUGAGUUUUUGUUUGGUUUUCUUUUUUAAGGCAGCUGCAUAUAUUGCUAUUGUCAGAGUGGGUUUGCAUGGUCAAGGAGGAGUAGUGGACUACUCCAGGAAAAAAGUGAAGCUUAGGGUUUACUGAGCCUGCUGUGUCCAGAGUGCCUUUCCUGCUGUGGUGAAAUAAAGAACUUCUGUAGUUUGAGCUGUUCUGGCUGACUGAUUGCUGCAUAUUCCUCCCGUGUGGUCUGACCUGAAGUCAACCAUAUUUGGGCAAGGAGAGGAACACUGCAUGCUUGCAAUGCUGUGAUAAGAUGCCAUUUGCACUAGUUUUUAAAAAGUACUGCAACCUGAAGAAAUGGGCUUUGAGCCAUGCUCCAAAACUGGGUUUGAAUUCAGUUUAAACCUGAUUCCAGCUAACUCAGUUUCAACAAAAACUUGUCUGGUUCAUGUAAACAAGAAGCAAACCAUUUUUAAAAGCCACAUUCCAGCCUAUGUUCCCACUGAGUUAUAGUACUCAACCAGAGCAGUCCCUGGACGUAAUUGUGAUGGUGUAGUUUUAAUGGCUUUUAAAUAGGUUGUUCCUUUUUACAUGGUCAGUUUGAAACUAGUUUAACUGGAACUGCAUUUAAAUAUAGCACAAACUCAUUUUUUUUUAGCAUGGUGCUAAAGCUCCAUGUAGACAGUGCUUGACUAAGAAACCAAGGAUAACUUGAGGUUUAUUUUAAGAAGCCAAAACAUAUGUUGCUGAUUAGAGAUGCCGCAUAACUUAAUGCCCUAUUUUUUUCUCCAGAAGGAGAAACACUAACUUCCAUAAUUCUCCUCCAUUUGUCAUCCUGCUUCGUUGUCGCACUUUUUUUCAUGAAUGAAUAUCACAUUGUCCAGUGGGCUAGAUCCAAAACAGACCUUCCCUAUACUAUCUGAUCAUCUCGUUUCUGUAUUUUCCUUUCCUAGACACUGACAAGCACUACUGAGGAUCAGCUUCACUUUUUGUCUGGGACUACAUGGUGUAGUUACGGUUCAAUACAAUGUCAGUGAUACUUUCAAUUUUAUGGUAAUUUUGUAGCUUACCCCUGAGUAAGGGUGAGGAAAAUGUUAUUUUUCAGAAGUUCCAGUGAAAAAGAAAAUGCCAGGAAUUGUGGUGGAGCUUCAGACACAGUGCUAUAGCUAAGUUUGUAGGGAAUACUUUUCUGGUGGCUGGUGAUACUGACAUUUACAAAGACAAUUUCAAAGCAAUAGAGAACUUAGCUUUCUCAUCUCUGCUGAACUAAGAGAAUUUAUGCUAACACAAUGACCCCAGACUAACCUGUCAGUAUUCAUCACUUUUUCCGUAAUGGAGAAAGCUAAACAAAUUAUCACAUCACCUUAUGCAGUCUAAAUUUGCUUCUAGACUACUCCCAAAUGCCUGCCAGCCAGCUGUCCUGAUCCUAGUUUCGCACUGGCUGGUGGUUUGUCAGAUCAGCCAAGAUGACCAAGACAUAGCCUUGGCCCCAGCUGGGAGUUUUGUACCUUUCCUUUUCCUUUUGGUUUUCCAUCAGACCAGGAACGCAAUUAGUGGUGAGUAGAUGGCAGAUGAGCUGUUGCUCCGGAUGACAAGAAUGGCAAAGCCAAUUACGACUGAGCUACUCUUGUCCUUGAGGACACCUCUAAAGGCAAGAGACCAGGCUCUGGUUGCUGGAGUAGUUAUAAACCAACAGCUUCUGCUGCUUGCCCCUCUAAACUUUGUUUUGAUCAACUAUGCUGUUGCCCUCAAAUAUGCUUUAUGUGUGAAUGCAGUUGUUUUGUUGUCUGUCUUCUCUCUUCUGCAUCAUGGAUGUGGCACCAACUUACUCUCACAACAAGCUUGGGUUUUGUUUUGCUGUUAUUAUUAAUAUGUAAUUCUACUGUAGACCAAAAAAUAUGAAAAGGAAAAAAAAUCAGUUUCAAGACAUAAAAGACCAGUGAAAGGUGAAAAAUUUAGGAAGGAAAGGUGUGAGAGAAGCAGUGGUUAACUGUGUUAAGUUAGAAAUCUCAGAAUAGCCUUACCUUUUUCUUAACCAAUGCUUACCAAUCAUCUGGUAGUGGGGUUAGAUAGCUUUCUUGGCUCAUUUGUACUUGUAUUCUUUUAUAUAUAUCUAUAUGUAUAUGUGUGUAUAUAUAUAUACAUAUAUAUAAUUUUUGUUUCUUUGUAUUGCUGUUGCACAUCAUGUUGUCUUUUAUAAUGCCUGAUUUUUAUUGUAUUGUACUUUAUCAGACUGUUUCAUUUUCCUUUUGAAGGAUGGGAAAAAUAAUGUUUCCUAUUUGUUUUGAAUUUUUGAGGAAAAAAUGCACUGGAAGUAAACACAAACACAUUUUGCCAUUUGAAAAAAAAAAAGGAAAACACACAGCCACGCAGUGGAAAAGGCUAAGAAAAAGCUCCCCUCUUUUUCCUUAUUAUGGAAGCAUCCUCUAAAAGAUAUGCUAGAAAGAAAACAAACAAACAAGAGAGAAGCCUCUUUGAUCCCAGCUCUGCAAUCUGGAGUAUUUAACACAUUGUUUUGCAGGGUUGGGCUCCUAAAUGGGCAACAGUCAUAAAAUCCAGAGCCACGUGGGGCAAAUUCAGCCCUGGUGCAAGCAGAUGUAAUUGCAGUGAAGUCAAAGGAGCUACACAAAGGAUGGAUUUAGCCACAUGCAUGCAAGCUACAGCUCCCUUCCCUGUAGUACCUAAGUCCCCGCUGCCAGAUUUUAUUGAUGUUGAAAUGGUUGGUCUUUUGGCUGUGUUAAUCGCAUAAUAUCUAUUUAACGUUGUUCAAGGUAGGCAAAACAUUUUCCCCACUGAAUACAUCAGUUCUGGAUGCACCUUUGUGUGACACUUUUUGCCUACCUACUUUCAGCUGUUACCCACUCCCAGCAGUGAACUGAUAUGAUCUAACACUGGUUGAAGAGCUUGCCUUUGCCAGAAAAUGGACUUCAUUAUUAAGCAUAGUAAAACUUUUGCGUAUUUAACUACUAUGAUCCAGAAAUGGCCCUUGCACUUUUAAGGCAUAUGGAAACAUCCUCUCUGUCUUUCAAAAUGCAGCAAGUGAGCAAAACGAGCAAAACCAGCUCUAUUGUCAGUAAAACACUGCGCAUGCGGGCAUGCACACAUGUGCGCGUGCACACAAACACACACACACACACGGUCUGUGGGCUCAUCACCCUGAAUCUUCCCAGACCUUUACAUGCUCUGCAGUGUCCUGUCUCCAUAGUGCCUGCUCGCUUGAGUACAGCGGGACAAAUGUUCUUGUUGAAAGAAAUGCAGAUCAUACAUUUUAAAAGGCAGAUGAUUUUCCUGUUAUGCCAGCAUCUUUGAAAUCCCCAUAUCAACUGAUGACUUCUCCUAGCCUGCUGGCUUUCAAUCAGUUGUUAAACCAUUGGCUUUCUCUGUUUUGUUUUCUAAGGAGGGAAUGUGGGGUGGGGAGGAUAUGGAGUUGUUGUUUAUAACUUCACAGUCCUGAUAGUUGGUUUGUAUCUUCCAUAUUUUAUGCAAAAACAGACAUUAUAAGUCAAUAAAUAAUUGUGCCCUAGACUGAAAGUUAAGUGUUCAGGAAAGGAAAAAAAUGUUUGGCAUUUUUCUACAUUUUUGUGAAGACUCUUUUGGAAAGGAAGGGUACAUAUUUUUGUUGUGUAGUAUUUUCUAUUUUUGAAUGCAUUUUCUUGGUACAAGACUGUUUUGUGGAUUUUUUUUUUUUUUUUUGGUGAACACAUUAUUUAAAAAAAAAGAAAAGAACGAAAAAACUAAUUGAAAAGUUUGCCCUUAAGGAUAUGCUGCAGUUUUGAGGUUUAAAAUAAAUAAAAAACCAUUCAAGGCGCGUGUUAAAAGUUGGGGGAUUGUAUUGUUGGGAGUUUUUUUGUAAUUGUUACAAAAAGAAGUUUGUAGCCACUGCUGUUUAUUUUGUUUCAGAUGAGUAAGUAAAGGGAUUGUUCUUGUGUUAUUCUUUUUUUUAAAAAAAAAAAAGUUAUUUAUGAAAUGUCACAAACACUGGACUGUGAGUUUGUGUGGAAGCGUUUUACCACCCUGUGUCUUCAUAGAGCUGUUGGUGAUCCUGCUUCUCAUUACUCUGUCUUACGAUUUCCUGAGCAAAUUUUGGGGGGAUAGUGGGAGGGAAAGAGGUGAAGUAGAAACUAAAAAAUUUGGAAACCUAAAUGUGGGCCAUCAGCUCUUCUCCUUCUCCUUUGUACCACAGGAGUGAGACAGGCUUACCGUCACUGGUGGAAAAAGAAAAUUUGUGGUAUCCAGAUGUGGCAAGGGGUUACGUGACUGAGAGCAGUGAUGCUCAUAAUGGCCUCUGUAAAUGACAUCCCAGUUUCUCAGUCAACGGCUCCCCUAGCUUGCCCAUCAUCAGGCCAGUGGCUUUUGUGACAAACUUCCCAACCCAAACGAAACCUUGAGGAUGGUUUGCAUUUUCAGUUGCCAGCCCAGCUUUUUUGGCCCCCCUUCAGUGGGAGCAAACAGCAGGGAGCACUGCUCAGUUUGGUCACUGGUUCUUGAUUUGAGGAGAAGUAGAAACUGAAGGUUACCAAAGAGGUGUGCCAUGUGCACAGUUUUGAAGAAUAGGCUUAAAAACACUAAAGUACUGCUCCAGGCACUCAUGGGACCAGAGAAAAGGGAAAGAGGAAGACACCAACAGCCAUAACAAAAACUGGAGAUAUGUAACUGGGCUACUUUCUAGACCAACCACUCUCUUUUUCCUUCCUGGACAAUAAUGCAGCCAAAUCUUGAGACUGUCAAGCAGACAGAAAGCUGAAUGUGGCCUUCAUUUCUCCUGCCUUUCCUUUUUAUUCUCCCUCUUCCUUUGCCCUGAGAAUUCUUCUCAGUGAGCAUCUGCUCCACUGAGCACCUUUCUGCCCUCCACCUAAACUGCCCUCACUUUCAAAAUGUGGGUUCAGUCAGGACUGAGUAAAAUCACGUGCCUUCUUUUUCCCAUUUUAUAAUUAUACCAACCUUCUCCCCUUCCCUAACUUAAAUGUGCGAGAGAUGGAGGAGGCUGUUUAGAAGUGCUACUUGUCUAUGGGUGUCCAGCAAAGCAGGAAGGUGGUGGGGAGAGGAGGGGGAGUGGGGAGAUAUUAUUAACUCCUUUCCCUUUCCACACGUAGCAGGUCUUCCUGAGGAGACACCCUCCACCACCAGCUCCUCAUAUGGUCAUCUCACCCACAGAUCAGUCUUAUGGGCAUGAGAUGGCUUUUGUCUCCCAUUCCUAUUCUGGCCGAGUGAAACACUCACUCUAUCUGAAUUCAUGCCAUUUGCAAGCAGUUACGUUGACAAGACAAAUGCAGUUUGUGGCCUUAUCAAGAUGACUUUAAAACCACUAAAAGAAAAAAAGGCAGCUCAGUUCCUGCCCAAGGUUUGUGUCACUUCUAAAAACUGAGUCCAUAGCAGUUUAGAUUUCUUUAAUCUAAGUCCAUUUUAAGAAUGGUGGCUAAACUGACCAGCCUAGAGCUUAAAUGCUAGACUGUCUGGUCUCACGCUUUCCUUGCUGUAAUUGCUACUGUCUGUUUGCUUUUCUUACUUGCCACUAUAUUCUUGGCUUUAUGAGGCAGGUCUAGUGCUUGUUAAAAGGCAAGAGGAGCCAGUGGGAUCUUGGCUCAUGGAAGGUAGUUGAUGGAUCAUUUUCAUGGAUUGUUUUAGCAGUAGAAGGAUAUACCAGCUGCCCCAGCAAAUGCAUAUUAUGAUGGGCUUCCUGCAGUAUUUUUAGGGCCAUUAAACCCCACUCAGUUACUGGAACAGGGCCUAUCCCCAGGUCAAAACCAUAAAGAGAAAAUAGUGAGUGCUAUGGCAUAACGGAAAAGUGGCUUGCAAUAUACAGCUGCUCUUGUGCAAGAGGAGUCUGGUUAAAAGGAUACAGACCCACAUGCAUCCUGUCUCCUCUGCAGACUUGGCCAUUGCACAAAUGAGUGCCCUUGGCUUCAUGGAGGAGGCCAGUUGCACCAUAGAGGCUUUUCUGAUUUUAAGAACUAGUGCAAAGCAGCCCCCAGAUGUGUUCCAGCUGCAAGCUCACUUGCCUGCCAGAUGGGCACUAAGUUUCAUGAGGAGGGAAAGGAAUCCAAACCAAUUACAGGUGUGAACACCUACCCAUGCUGUUAUUCUACAAAGCAGGAAGUGACACACAUUUUUUUCAGAAAUUUACCCUUUGAAAAAUCCAUCUGCAAAACCUGUAUAUACCUGGGUGAUGGGAAUGAAAAAUUCCUCCUUGAUCACUUCCAUUAAAUGAUCCAAUAAAUGAAAAUAUUGUGGACAGGGAACUGGACAUUUCUUCUUUAGGUUAGGCUUUAGAGCCACGGAGGAGCAGCAGGGGAAUAGUGUAGUUAUUCCCCCCUCUCAAUUAAUGAUCUGCAUGUGUGCAUGUACAGGCAAAGGGUAUACUCCUACCAGUCUUUGGUGCUGAUGGACAUUUGUCCAAGGCCUACAUCUGACACAUUUGGAGAACAUAAGAAUAAACCGUAUCACAUGCAAUAUUUAAAAAACAAAAGAGAAAAAAUGGAGAGAGAGGGGAGAGCAGUGUGGGCAGUUAGGAUUGUUAGGGUUGGAUUAUUUUGCGUCUUUUGUAAAACUGUAAUUUCAACAGUGCCUUAUUCCUAAUAGAUGCUGGCACUUGGGACACACACACAAAGUAUUGAUUAAACACAGAACUAGGGAGAGUCAGACAUACAUUUGUAAGACUGAGGUCAUUAAUCACCAAAAUGGAAGCUGUAUUGGGAAUGACACAGCUAUGUCAGAAUUGAAAACAGUCAAGUAUUCAAACUCUAAAGCAAUUUCCCUUCCACCACCUCCUGCCUUCCCUCCUUGCCAAUGGUGCUGCCCAAGAAUAGCUGCCUAUGCUGAGGCCUGUCACUGCCCCAUUUGCUUUUGGCGUUGUCAAGUCCAAGGAGUUUAGCAUAAUCAAGCUUUCUACUUCUAUAGUGUUUUCCAUGGGGUAUGUGAAUGCCAGUUAUUUUGCUUUAAAUGCACUUUAAAAAAAAAUCAAAUCAAAGCUCCAGACUGUUUCAAAUACAUAGGGGAAGAUAGUGCAUAUGUGUUUGAACCCAGUUCACUUUAUCUCCAGUUAAAAAAUACUCCAUGCAGUGUGUAUGUAUAGAACAAUGUGUAUGCAUACAAACACACAUGUCAACCUUAAAUAGCAACAGACUAACCUUUCUCCUUAAGCUCAUGAAACCAGAUGCUACGCAAACACAGCAGCAGCAGAGAAAUUACGGUUGGGCUCUUGAAACAUCACAAAAAAUAAAAACAACUACUUGGUCCUUUCUGUAUGUUCAGUAAUUACAGAAGGAAUUGGAUUGUAAGCAGAAUAAAAAGGAACGGUGCUAACUGAGUGAAUGGGAAAAAAAAAAAAAGAAAAAACUCAGCCCAAUAAGGCAGUUCAACUUUUAUGCUAAUUCUCACAUUGGGUUGGUUUGUUAUGGGUUUUUUUGUUUGUUUUCUAUGAAAAAAUUGCAUUUAAAAUGAUCCACCCACAAAAAAAAAAGCAAACAAAACAAAAUGCAUCCUGCCCUGAGGAAGCUCUUGUUUAUGGAGGACAUCAGAAGUCUCAAAACUCUCGGCCUUGCUCUCACGUACCACAUGCUCAAUCAGUCCUUUUUUUAAAAUGUCUGAAACUGAAAAAAAAAGAAAAGAAAAGAAAAAAAAAAACCUUUUCGAAGCACCUUACGUGGCCAUCCCAUUCCAGGAGUGGGAGCCACCUUUUUUUCUUUGAGCACCUUACUGAUGUGUUAAUGCUAUCUGCUGUCUUUUUGUUACCCGUUGGCUGAGUGGCUGGCUGUUAACAUGCACAUGCACGCGUGCAGGGGCAAGGGUAUGGCUAUGUGCGUGCCGAGUGCAUCCCACAGACACACGGGCCUCUCAACAAAAUGCUACACACGCACACGUGAACGUGCACCCCCCCCCCCCCCCCCGGUGGGUGUCCAUCCAUGUUCCCAUUCCUCACCGCGUUGGUGUGAACCCAGACAGAAAUUUCUUCAUCAGUCUUUGCUCUGUUUAGUGGAAGGAGAUGGGGGAGAAGGGGAGAAGGCACUUCAAAAAAUUAAAAAGAAAAAGCUAAAGGGUUGAGGGAAGAGCGCACACUCGUGUGUACAUGUUAAAAAAAAUGGGACAUUUUCUUCCUGGGGACAAAGAAAUUCCCAGCAGUCAUACAAAGCUGAGUGAAUGGGAAACCGCAUCCAGGCCAAAAUCCUGGAGUCUUUAUAUGGGCAUCUCCACUCGCAGCUUCUGCCCCCUUCUGCUGCAGUCAGUGGCAAUUUUGCCAGAAUAGAGACUUCAGGAUUUGGCCCCAGAAUGGCAGAGAUCUUCUACAGGAGACAGUUCUUUGCCUGUACCAAUGUGUCUUGCUGUGGUUGUAUGUGUUUCUGUACACCCACCCAUCCACACACUCAAACACACACUGAUGCAUGCACACAUACACACCUCUAUACAGACAUCUCUCUAGAAACAUGGUUUGUGACGAUGUGAAGAGCAGGUCAAAAGUUUUGAGGGGUUAAGUUCCUUUUUUUUCUCUCAUUAUACUCUGUAAAUGGUAUGUCAGUUAUCAAAACAAGCAAAUAGAAAAUUGUUAAAAAAAUACCUUGCAUACGCCUUUUCUAUCAAGUGCUUUAAAAUAUAGAAUAAAUACACACAUCCUGCCAGUUUUUCUUACAGUGAGAGUAUCCUUACCUGCCAUUUAAUAUUAGCCUCGUAUUUUUCUCACGUAUAUUUACCUGUGACUUGUAUUUGUUAUUUAAAACAGGAAAAAAAAAGAAAAAAAAGAAAAUUAACUGUAGCGCUUCAUUAUACUAUAUUAUUAUUAUUAUUAUUAUUGUGACAUUUUGGAAUACUGUGAAGUUUUAUCUCUUGCAUAUACUUUAUACGGAAGUAUUACGCCUUAAAAAAAUACGGAAAUAAAUUUUACAAGGUUUCUGUUUUGUGUGGAAGAGUAAUUGAUGUUGCUAAGAAUGAUGUUUGUUUUUUGUUUUUUUUUUUAAUGUUACCAGCACUUUUUUUGUAAGUUUCACUUUCUGAGGUAUUGUACAAGUUCACACUGUUUGUGAAGUUUGAAUAUGAAGGAAUAAUUAAAAAAAAAAAAGACAAAAGAAUGUG